AUGAUAGACCCUAGUCUCUUCGAUAUCUCUCCGCCAGCUCACCCGUCCGAUGGGUCGGAUGAUCAACUGCCACCACUACCACCUCCACUGCGGCUUUCCCCAGAAGACGAGGCCUCAAAAAGAAGACAACCACCUACCAAUACAGCAAAAAUGAACCCAAAGGCUUCUUCAACCACCCCAAAACCAUCGGCAACCACCCCAAAACAAUCUGCAACCCCAAAGACCCCAGCAAUGACCUCCAAAUCACCGGCAAUCAACUCUAAAUCUCUCCAAGAAUCUGCAACAUCCGAUGGGAAUGCUCCGCACACUUGGUCUACCCUCAAGAAAUGUAAACUUCUGGAACUGCUCUAUGAUGAAAUGUCCGCGGGACAUGCGACCGAUAAUGGUAACUUGAAGAAAGAAGGUUGGACGGGGGUAAUGAAUGGGCUUAAUGACUAUUUCAACUUAAAACUUACUCGCGAUCAAAUCAAGAACCAGAAGAACGCGAUCCGAUCCCUCUUUUUCGACUACAAGUUCCUCUGUGAACAAUCGGGCUUCGGUUGGGACAACAAAAAAUUCACCGUCACAGCCGAUCAAAGGACCUGGGACGAGCUGAUUCAAGCUCAUCCGAGACGCAAUUUUGGCAAGCUUAAAGAUAAGCCGUUUCCGAUCUACGAGCUCGCCGAACGUGUAUUUGUUGGGAAUUUUGCGACUGGCGAGAGUGUCAAUAAACACGUGCCGCCAGACGAAGUACCUGUUAAGGUCCCCAAUGACUCAAACCCUGAGGCUAAUUUGACCAAUCCAACUCCAACUUCGAAAAAGAGAAAGAGUCAAAAGAAGAAGGAUAUCGUGGUCUCAAGUUCUUCCGACUCCGAUAGCGAUGUUCGAGUUUCAAAGAAGCAAAGCGAGUCGACCUCUAGGAAGCGUGUCCGCGAGACCAAGGGCACAGUGGUGACCAAGGGCAUCGAAGGCUUAGUUGGGGCUAUCAACAAUGCCAGUAACACCAUCGCUAAUCUUAACAAAGAGGGGACUUCUUCGAAAGACGAUCAACCAAACGGAACGACUCCUUCAAAUCAAGAUUCCCUCAAUGCACAAGCUCUCAAACUUCUGUCUUCGUAUUUCCUCAACAAAGUCGAUGAUGAAAUAUACAUUCGCUACGUUUGGGUUCUUGAAGACGAAAAAAGGCGACAACAUUCUUAUCGCUAG